CCUGCUGUGAGCUGAACCUUGCAGCACAUCUACAGCUGAGCAUCUGUUUACGUGCACCGUCUGAAGACUUCAAAGUUUUUCACCGACUCGAGAAGUGAUCACAAGGCCACUUAUCAUGGAUAUAAGAAUAAUUAUGCUGAACGGGACUUCCCUGAACCUGAACGUGCAUCCGGACUCUACGGUGGGAUUUCUGAAAACACUCAUCCAUCAGAAACUGGGAUUUGCACCUGAGAGCCAGAAGCUGACCUUCGUCAACGGGCAGAUAAUAACUCUCAGCGACGACUCCAGGACCAUCCGCUCCUACGGUCUGCACUCUGGCUGCCAGGUGUCUCUGCUGGUGACCCAGCCCGCUACCAUCCAGGUGUUCCUCAGAAACGAAAAGGGGACGGUGAGCACCUAUGACAUCAAACCCGACGAGACUGUGAAGAACUUCAAGCUCAAGGUCGAGAGUAGAGAGGGGGUUCCGGCGGACCAGCAGAGGCUCAUUCACCAAGGAAGAGAGAUGUCGACCGGGAGACUGGCGGACUACAACGUCAUAGAACAUAGUACCAUCAACAUGACUCUGCGUCUGAGAGGAGGCUGAGGACACUUUCACUCUGCCGGUAUCAGAAGAUUAAUAUAGAUUCUUAUAUUUAAUAUAAAUGACGAGCAAAUAUUUAAAAUUAACUAUUUUUUUAUUGUUUUUUCAAAAAUUCUAUACAUUCCUCAAUGUGUCUCAUUCCUGCUUCUGUUUUGGCUUCAUAAUUUAUGUUAUUUUUUUGUAUUAAUCAUGUUAACUGCUUAAAUAAAGUCAUCUCUGUAAAAUUCACAGGUGUCUUUCUAUUUAUUGUACACAGUAUUGGAAAGUAGCUCAGUGUAGCAAAAACUCUUGAGUGUAGCUAAAGUUUGUUAAAUUGACAUUAGUGUUGUUUCUGCUUUACAUUACAGUAAUGUUAAUGUAGCUGAUAGUUUGGAUAACUUGACUGCUGAUGUAUUCCUACUGUGUGUCGUUUGUCCGCAAUUACUGUAAUUAACACCAUACAAGUGACAGUUCUGCUUCAUGCUCUGUAAGACUUUUAAACGGAAGAACUUUUUAUAUUUCCAGAGUGAGUGAAGGAAUCAGGAGAGAGGAGACAGAAGUGAGGAAGAGUUGCAGGAUAUCAUGGUGUUGAAAGAAAAACUAGUAGAAAGUAAAGAAAGAUGAAUUUCUGUUCUGUAUAUAUUUUUAAAAGCACAAUCUGUUUGUCCAAGUCAAAGAUCAAGAUUAAAAUCUGCUAUAAAUGGA